AUGAAAGAAAACGUUCGACCGGCGUAUGAGGACGAAUUGUAUGAGGACGAAUUAGAAACAAAUGAUUUUAUACCAUUUAAGAAUAACGGAAAAAUUACAACUUCCUCAUGUAAUUCAUUCUAUAACAAACAUAUAAUUCUCCUACUUGAUAUUGUGGAACAAUUAAUUGAAGGAAAGUUCAAAGAAAAACAGCAGGAAACAGUCACAACAUCGUGUACUUAUGAUCAAACAGCUGUAUAUAUUGGAAUUUUACGAAGUACAAUUCAAGAUGUUAAUGAUAUUAUUCAGCAAACAUCAAAGAAUGAGUAUCAGUUUAUUCGAUUAUGUAAAGAGCAUUUUAAUUAUUACCAACCUGUUGAAAUUUCGAUGUCGGGUGGAGCAACAAGAGAUAAAGAUGCAAAAUUCUAUUAUAUUUCCAUAAAAGAGUCAUUAAUAAAUAUAUUUAGUAAACAAGAAAUGUAUCUUCUUCUCAGGAAUCAUGUUAUACAACAACAAGUUAAAGUGUUGCGCGAUCCUUAUCUGAUGUAUUCGUUUAGAGAUGGGAGCAACGGCCAAAACAUUGAUCCUCAUUCAUUUUUACUUCAGUUGUAUAGUGAUGGUGUUGGGCUGACUAAUCCUAUUGGUGCUAAAAAGGAUCAACAUAAGGUCACAUUAGUAUAUUUUCUUUUAGAAGAUAUACCAGAAGUAUUCAGAUCAACAUUACAAUGCAUUAACUUAGUGGCUAUAUGUUACACAAAGUAUUUAAGUAAUGAAAAUCUAAGAAAAUUUUAUCAACCGAUAGUUAAAGAAUUAAAUGAUUUACAAUUAAAUGGUUUGAUGAUAAAUGGAAAUAAUGAAACAUUACGAUUUAAAUUUUCAACAUUUUCUGCUGAUAAUUUAGCAGCAAAUGAAAUUGGUGGAUUCCAGCAAACGUUUAGUCAUGGACACUUCUGUCGCAGAUGUUUGAUAUCAUAUAAAAAUCGUAUUAUUCCGCUUACGGAUUUAACGAUAAUUCAAAGAACCGAAAAUAGACAUGAGCAAUAUGUAGAACAAGUGAUAAAUCAGAAUGGUGGAGCAGCUGUGUUUGGUGUUACUAGGAUGAGCCCAUUGGAUGAGCUAGAUGGUUUUUAUCCAACAAUUUCACUACCUGGCGAUAUAAUGCAUGAUUUGUUUGAAGGCAGUUGUCCGAUUGUAAUUAUAGCAAUGCUCAAAGAAGCAUCAGCUUUACGUCUGAUAAGUUAUCCGAAAAUUCAAGAACGUAUGGAAAAUUUCAUUUAUGGUACGAUGGAUUCAAGUGAUAAACCCCCAGCAAUUCAGGUGAAGCAUCUUAACCUUGGCCGCAUAAGUAGAAGUGCUGCUCAAAAAUUAUUACUAUUUAAAUUAUUUCCAUUAAUAUUCCAUGAUAUAACACAAAAUCUUGAAACAUUUGAAAUUUAUCUCACUUUAAGAGAAAUGUUAGGCAUUAUUUUGGCUUAUCCAUCAAGGAAGAGCUGGUUACCUCAUCUUAACCAACUUGGUAUUUUAUUUCAAUGUUUGAUGGCUAACCUUUUACCCGACAAAAUGAUACCAAAAAUUCAUUUUUCUACUGAAUAUGAUAAAACAAUGGAGCAAUGUGGGCCACCAACUAAGUUUUGGUGCAUGCGGUAUGAGGGGAAACACGCUUAUUUCAAAAAAGUUGCUCUACGUUCAAAUAAUUUUAAGAAUAUGCCGAAAACAUUAGCUCAACGUCAUCAGUUAAGAAAUUGUUUGUUUUUGUGGAAUACUCAAUCUUUGAAAGAAUAUGCUGAGCUCCGUGGUAUCAAACUGAUUCAAUUACAUCGUCUGAGUCAAACAGUACAAAACGCAUUAAUUGAGAAAUAUGGUAGACAACAAAUAGAGCAAAUGUCGCAACUUCAGGAAUGUUCAUCAUUUACCCAUAAGCACAUUCUUUAUAAACAAGCAGCUGUAUAUGUACACAAUUUAUUACAUGUUGAGGAAAUUCCUAUUUUUUUCCAAAUAAUUCAUAUUUUGAAAAUUCACAACCAGUGGAUAUUUUUAAUCGACCAGUUCUUGACAGAACGUUACGAUAAACAUUUAUGUUCGUAUAAACUAACAUCAAACGAUUUAUUCACAAUAGUAUCUCCUCAAAAUCUCACAUACUAUCAUAAAGAAGAAGAAGUUGAUGGUAAAACACUUUUACUUAUGAAAGACGUAAAGCCCAUUGAUUCUUUCUUAAAAAGAUAUAAACAUCAACUAUUAUUUUUGGCAGAAAGAGAAAAAUUAUUUGGGUCAGAUGCAUUGUCAGUUGGUAAUAAUAUUAUUGAUGAUAAUUCUGAACAAAAUAGUCAAUGUGCUGGCUCUUCAUCCAUUUAUGACCAUACACAAAGACAAAAUGAAAAUUAUUCAGAUACAUUACGAGAUGAUAUACCGAAAUCAGUUUAUAUUCGUAAUGAUCAAGAGCCUCAUGAUAUAUUAACAAUAUUUACAUCAUCAAACGAAUUAGCAUCCCAUGAUAUAGAAGCAAAAAAUGAAUUUAAAAUCGACAAGAAACAACUGACGUCUGUCGAUAUUGGCAAUCUAUACGUUGUUCCUGAUUUACCUGAUACAUUGAAACAAGCGAUUGAGAUAAGGGAUUUAGCAAAAUUUGGUAAUCAUUGUAAUUUUCGUCGAAUAUUAUCGGAUACUGUGUUUCAUGAUUUAACAACAAACUAUAAUCUAUGGUAUCCAACUACUCAUCAAUACGAUUCCAUAGCACGUGGAAUUAUCAAUAGUAUGAAAAUUUUGUCUGAUGAAAAAACUCUGGCAAGUGCUAUGAACAUGCUAAUAACACUAUUUCUCUUCUGUACAGCUUUAUGUCUUAAUUCUUUUCGUUUACAGCUUGCCUGGAAACGAACAAUGAUAAGCAAAUUUAAAGAUGAAAGACAAUCCAAAGCUGAUACAAUAGAACAGAUUAAAGCACAUAAAAUCAAAUAUUCGAGAUUAGAAUCAGGUCGUCCGAUCAAAAAACAAGCCAUAACAACCUUAGCAGAUCGAGAUCCUGAAAAAAAAAUUAUAUUACAAAGCGAUGCAAAGGAAAAUGAAAAUGAGGUUGAGAAUUUGAAAGAUGAGCUGAAAAUAGCAGCUAAAAAUGAAAAUCCCGAUGCAAAAUUAUUAUUGAAUGCGUGGAGUAAAACUAUACGUUAUAGGCGUGAUUUUGUGCGGACACACAAAAUAGCCGAUAUAAUAGAACAGUUUCCAACUUAUAAGCAACCAUGUUUUAUUUAUGCUGAAAUUGAAAUGUUGACUGGUCUCAAUAUCGAAGUAACUGGAAAAUUAAUAUUGAAUGAAUUAUAUCAAAAGCUUUUGACAGAAAAUACAGCUUUUUUGACGGAUGCUAUGCCGCUUCGGUUAAUCAAGGUUUUAUGUGGCAUAUUCGAAGAAACAUGGAAACACUACAUAUUUACAUCGGGAGAUCCAUCAUCUCCUCAACCAAGCAUUAAAACUUCCGAUGAAGCAAUUGAAUUAUGGGUAGACUGGACUGUUGUUUUACGUCCAAAAAGUGCGGAAGAAGCAAUUAUACUUUGGCUCGCGCUCUAUCACAUAUAUGAGUUAAAAUUUCCUUAUCAUAGCCGUGUUGUCAGAUUUAUGUAUGUAAUACUAUUUAAUGAAAAAAGAUAUGCGUCGAAUUCAAUCAGAAAAAUAUUAAAAUUGUAUGGCUUAGAUGACAGGUAUUUAGAAAGAACGACAAAGUUAUUCGAAAAAAGUCAGCAACAAGAAAUUAGUGAUGAAGUUAGUAGGGAAUUAAAAUUAAAUAAUGAUCAUCCAAAACAACAAAAAACAAAUAAUGAACCUCCUCAACGUCAAUUACCAGAAUUAGCACUAACUAAUGAUGAUAUCGAUGAUGAUGACGGCGAACAAAUAUCAUACAAUUCAAGGAGCAAAGAACGAAAACUAAGUUCAACAACAAUAUUAUCUAAGAAGAUUCAGAAUUCAUCAAAGUCGAACAGUUCAAAAAGAAAAGGACUAUCAAUGGGCUGUAAUAACUUGGAUGAUGAUACUGCCAAUCAAAAAAUAAAGUCAAUUCCUGCACAGCCUGCAAAAAAAGCAAAACGUUCAAGAUGA